AUGGCACAAAAGAUGGCACUGGAUGCUUUAAACAAAAAAAAAACCAUUUCAGCUCUCAAAGCAAAUAUAAGGUUUCCAAAAUGUGAAUUUUCAGGUGUCGGUUUAGCCUUUGUUUCUGUGAUAAUUGGCAUUACUUGGAUAUACUUUACCAUCAAGAAGAGGAAACACAUGAAACUACGAGAGAAGUUUUUCCACCAAAAUGGAGGUUUGUUAUUGAAGCAGCAACUCUCUUCGAACGAGGGUAGUAUGCAAUCACCUAAAGUAUUUUCUGCUCAUGAACUUGAGAAGGCCACCAACAAUUAUUCAGAAGACCACAUUCUCGGCAAAGGAGGUUACGGAAUAGUUUACAAAGGAAUUCUGAGCGAUGAACGUGUUGUUGCAAUAAAGAAAUCCAUAAAACUGGAUGACAGCCAAAUAGAGAUAUUCAUAAAUGAGAUGGUUAUUCUGACUCAGGUUAACCACAAGAAUGUGGUGAAACUAAUUGGAUGUUGUUUGGAGACUGAGGUGCCUUUAUUAGUAUAUGAAUUUAUCUCAAAUGGAACCCUAUUUCACUAUAUCCAUAAUAGUGAGGAAAUGCCAUGGUUUUCUUGGGAAAAUCGGUUGAGGAUUGCCACAGAGACUGCUAGUGCACUUGCCUAUCUACAUUCUUCGACAACAAAGCCAAUAAUCCAUAGAGAUGUUAAGUCACCCAAUAUAUUAUUGGAUGAGUGUUACACUGCAAAAAUAGCAGAUUUUGGAGCUUCAAGACUGAUUCCUAUUGAUCGAACACGAGUGACGACUCUUGUACAGGGAACUUUUGGUUAUCUUGAUCCUGAGUAUUUUCGUACAAGCCAACUGACAGAGAAAAGUGAUGUGUAUAGCUUUGGGGUGGUGUUGGCUGAGCUCCUGACAGGUAGAAAACCUGUGUCUACUGAAAAGAGUGAAGAAGAGAUUAACCUAGCUACUUACUUUGUAGCGUGUGUGACGGAAAAUCGAUUGUUUCAAAUUAUUGAUCCAAGAAUUAUGAGGGAAGGGAGUUUGGAGCAAAUCAGUGCACUGAGUGAGGUUGUUAAGAGAUGUCUCGAGUUGAAAGGUGAAGAAAGACCGACUAUGAAAGAAAUGACUAUGGAAUUGGAGAGGUUGAGAAAUUUUAAUAAAAUUGCAAACUCAUACAAGCAAGACGAAAAAAGCCCCGAGGGAAACAUGGGAGUAACAGGUGAGCAACAACUUGAUCUAUAUCCAGUUCCAAUAAAUCCUAAUUUCAGCUCUGGACAGUAAAAUAUGGAAAGUGAGUUAUUCCAUGCAAUCAAUACCCCUCGUUAAUCAGGCAGAACAUAGAGGUUAUUCAAACACUAUAGUUUUUCCUGUGAGGCUCUUUCUUAAUUCAUGUUUUUUCUAUAUUAUUCUUCUAGUAUAUAUAAUUUGCAUGUUACAAGAGUUACAAUAACUCCUUGUUAAGCAAUUUGCAUACCCAAAGAGUCAGGAAACAAUCAGUUUUCUUUUGUAAAAGAAGAAAAAAUAAUUUUGUUUCUUCUGUAAAAGAAGAAAAAAUAAUUUUGUAUAUGUCACAAUAUCUUGAUGUAUUGAGCAUUUUAAGUUGUUGAUUGUAUCAACUUUGAUGAUUAUUUUUAGUUUCUUGCUAUUUUAUCUUAAGCAUCAACCAUGGAUAGACUAUUCUUUGUGUGUGUUUACCAUCCCCAAAUUUCCUGAAAUCCCUUAAACUUCAUUUUGUUAGUUUGAAG